GCUUCCGCAUCAGCUGUUCAUUCUGAAUAGCAAGAUGGCGAUAUUCAGUGUUUAUGUUGUCAACAAGGCCGGUGGACUUAUUUACCAAUAUGACAAUUACGUCCCUCGAACAGAAGUGGAGAAAACGUUUAGCUUUCCUCUCGAUAUAGUACUCAAGAUUCAUGACGAGAAGGUGUUGGUUUCAUUCGGUCAGCGGGACGGAAUCCGAGUUGGUCACGCUGUGCUUUCUAUUAACGGAGUGGAUGUGAAUGGCAAAUACACAGCAGAAGGAAAGGAAAUAGUGGAGUACCUGAAGGAUCCAGCAAACUAUCCUGUGUCUAUCCGGUUUGGCCGAGCACGACUGACUUCCAAUGAGAAACUCAUGCUGGCUUCAAUGUUUCACUCACUAUUUGCCAUUGGCUCACAACUGUCUCCUGAGGUCGGCAGCUCAGGUAUCGAAAUGCUGGAGACAGAUGUGUUUAAACUACACUGCUUCCAGACUCUCACAGGGAUCAAGUUCAUCAUACUAGCAGAUCCUCGCCAGUCCGGUGUUGACGCGCUCCUGAGAAAGAUCUAUGAAAUCUAUUCAGACUUUGCCUUAAAGAAUCCUUUCUACUCUCUGGAGAUGCCAAUCAGAUGUGAACUCUUUGACCAAAAUCUAAAGAGCGCUCUGGAAGUAGCAGAGAAGGCUGGUACAUUUGGGACAGGUUCCUGAGCAGACGUGCCACAUGUUUGAUGCAACCAACUAACUGUAUAUAAUAUGGAUUGUUUCCUGGUGUGUGGAUUAUCCAAACCAUCUUUCAAAAAUGUGGACUAAAUCGGCAUGGAACCCAAAAUGAUUGAUAAAUCGGAGCUGUAUUAAUGGUUUAAGCCAAUGGGAGCAGUUAGAGCAAAUGGACUUCAUCAAAUUUUGUUGGAAUGGCAGAAACAAAGUACUUGUAUAUUGGUAACCACAGCCUUGUGUUUCUAGCACCAUACUGUACAAUAUGUCCAAACCCUUUCUCUUCCAAGUUAACCAUGACCCCAUAAAUAAGGAUUCCAUUGAAAGAUUAGAAAUCAGACUUCAUAAUCUGAUGUUUGUAACAUCUUUAUUUAAUAUAUAUAAUAUAUAUUUCCAUAACACCACAUAUAAAAUUAUAGCAACAAUAAAGAGGUAGAACCGUG